GUGAUCUUCUAGCCCAGCUAGGGCGACGAGGAGAAUCGAUGCUCUCGCGGCGCUCAUCUGCAAUCAUCGAUCGUGUUUUCCUGGAAUGUCGCUGCUUCACUCGGGGUAUUCGCUGCUAAUCCGUCGCCGGGAGCCGUGCUUCGCCACUGCCGAGCGCAAUGCCGGAUUGCGCUGCGAUGCUGUGACAAUUUCCAGGCGAGGAGCUUGGAUAGAGGAAGCGAGUGAUAAGUGGGAGGGAAACGCUGUGAGGAGGAAUUCUUCAUGGAUCGGGCCGAGAAAGAGCGGAUUGAGAGGCCUUCACUGUUGCAGCCAUCGAUCGAAGAAUGAAGGCGUUCUCAAUGAUUCUAAGAGGAACUUUUCUGUGGUCGCUUUAGAAAAGCAUAAGCCGAGAAGUGUUCGCUGUUGCAACAAUCCAGCAAAGAAAGGAGCUGUGGAUGUCGCUGAGAAAAUCAGUUCUCCAUCAAUUCUUCCUGGAAAACAUGAUUCCAAACCCGAGAGUGUUGAGUCGUCACGUCCACCUUAUCCUGCAUGGGCCAGGCCUGUGGAAGUUGUCGCGGAUUUCUUCGACGUGGACAUAAGCAAAGGAUUAAACCGUGAUGCCAUCGACAAGAAGAGGACCACGUAUGGCUGGAACGAGUUGCAGAAGCCGGAAGGGACCUCGUUUUGGAAGCUUGUUCUCGAGCAGUUCGACGAUACUCUGGUCCAGAUCCUACUUGCGGCAGCAGGUGUAUCUUUCGCUCUGGCCUUUUCGGAGCUUGAGCCGGGGAGUAAGCUUGGUCCUGGAGCUUUUACGGAGCCACUGGUGAUACUUUCCAUCAUCAUCUUAAACGCAGUCAUCGGGGUCUGGCAGGAGAGCAAGGCCGAGAGCACUCUUCAGGCUCUGAAAGAGAUGCAAUCAGAAGAGGCCCGAGUUUUGAGAGAUGGGAAGGAGAUUGUGGAUCUUCCAGCCAGAGAACUCGUGCCGGGUGAUAUAGUGGAACUACGAGCGGGUGAUAAAGCCUCAGCUGAUAUGCGAGUUGCCUUCCUCAAGUCCGGGACCAUAAGACUUCAGCAAGCGGCUCUCACUGGUGAAAGUCAGCCGGUUUUGAAGCAACCAGAUUCUGAAAGUGACGAAGAGGUUGAAAUUCAAGGGAAGGACAACAUGGUUUUUGCUGGGACGACCGUGACGAAUGGAUCAUGCAUUUGUAUAGUUACCGAUACUGGGAUGGCUACCGAGAUUGGGAAGAUUCAAACGCAGAUACAGGACGCUUCUUUGUCAGACUAUGACUCUCCUCUCACUCGUAAGCUGGACGAGUUUGCGGACGUUCUGACCAAGGUUGUCGCUGCGAUUUGUGGUAUUGUCUGGGUGGUGAACUACAAGUACUUUCUCACCUGGGACGUUUCGAAUGGUCUGCCUUCGAAUGUACAGUUCGACGUUGGACAGGCAACGUACUAUUUCAAGGUUGCAGUGGCGUUAGCUGUAGCAGCCAUUCCUGAAGGUCUACCGGCUGUUAUCACAACUUGUCUUGCUCUUGGAACGAGACGAAUGGCCGAGGAGAAUGCCAUCGUACGAAAGCUGCCAUCGGUAGAAACGCUGGGCUGCACAACAGUGAUAUGUUCCGACAAGACGGGAACACUGACGACCAACCAGAUGUCAGUUGUGCAGCUACUGGCGGUUGAAGGUCCUGACGAACUGAGAACGUUUCGGGUUACUGGAACAUCGUAUGAUCCAGACGACGGACACGUAAUUGGUUUACCUUCAGAACUGGAUCACAACCUUCGGACAUUGGCUCGGAUUUGUGCUCUGUGCAACGAUGCUGGCAUCCAAUUCAAAAAUGGCAGUUAUAGCGCGACUGGAAUGCCUACGGAAGCAGCAAUGCUGGUUCUUGUGGAGAAACUUGGUGUACCAGAUAAACAGUCGCUUCAAAAGUUCAAGGCGAAGAGAAUGGCCGAUCCAGUUGGAGCUGCAUUAAGUAAAGAACUGUGCCUUUUUCUGAUCUUUAUACUCAUGUUUUCGUUUUUAUGUUCAGCGGCUUGCGCUCAUUUUAGCAAGACAAACCAGCGACUUUUUACUCUCGAGUUCGACCGUGUACGCAAGUCGAUGAGUGUCAUUGUGCAGGAGGACGAAGGAAACUCGUUGCUAGUCAAGGGAGCGGCAGAAUUCGUCCUGGAAAGAUGCACGAGUGUGCAGCUGAAAGACGGCUCGGUCGUGCCACUAACUCCGAGCUUCCGGGAAAAUAUCAUCUCAUGCAUCAAUGCUAUGACGUCAAAGGGUCUUCGAGUACUUGCUCUUGCCUCGAAGAGCGACCUCGGUCCAUUGUCCGAUUAUACGGGACCGGACCACCCUGCGCAGAACAUACUCGUUAAGCCGGAGAGCUACGUCCUCGUCGAAAGUCAGCUAACGUUCGUAGGAUUGGCGGGCUUGCAGGACCCUCCUCGGCCAGAAGUCAAGGAGGCAAUCGAUGACUGCAAGCGAGCUGGUAUCCGCGUUAUAGUCAUCACUGGUGACAACAAGAACACAGCCGAAGCUAUUUGUUGCGAGAUAGGCCUGUUCUCCAGCCAGAACGAUCUGAGCGAACACUCACUCACCGGCAAGGACUUCAUGAAACUGUCAGUCAGUGACAGACGAGCGCUACUUCUCGGCAACCAGUCCGACAGCAAAGGCUUCGUUUUCUCUCGCUCGGAGCCCAUACACAAGCAGGAGAUCGUCCGGGUUCUCAAGGAUGGCGGCGAGAUCGUCGCAAUGACCGGCGAUGGCGUGAACGACGCACCGGCCUUGAAGCUAGCCGAUAUUGGAAUCGCCAUGGGCUUGAGUGGCACAGAGGUGGCCAAGGAAGCUAGCGACAUGGUUCUAGCCGACGAUGACUUUGCAACGAUCGUGGUAGCCGUGCGAGAAGGCCGGUCCAUCUAUGACAACAUGAGAGCGUUCAUUCGCUACCUCAUCUCCUCCAACAUCGGGGAGGUGGUGGCGAUCUUCCUGACCGCCAUCCUUGGAAUGCCGCAAGGACUCAUCCCAGUCCAGCUCCUCUGGGUGAAUCUCGUCACGGACGGAGCGCCAGCCACGGCACUGGGAUUCAAUCCACCGGACACCGAUAUCAUGGACAGGCCCCCGCGGCUUCCAACCGAAGGCUUCAUCAGCGGCUGGACGCUCUUCCGGUUCCUCACGAUCGGACUCUACGUUGGGCUUGCAACCAUCGGGAUCUUCGGCCUGUGGUACUUGAACGACGAUUCCUUCCUCGGGAUUGAUCUCUCCAGGGACGGCCACACGGCAGUGAGCUUCCAGCAGCUAAGUCACUGGGGAGAGUGCCCGCUCUGGCCGGAGUUUCACGCCAAUCCAGUGACCAUCGCCGGGAACGAGGUGAUGUCGUUCGCUUCCAGCUGCGAUUACUUCACGGUCGGGAAGCUCAAGCCGUCGACGCUGGCGAUGUCGACGCUGGUGAUGAUCGAGAUGUUUAACGCGCUCAACGCGCUGUCCGAGACGAACAGCUUGCUCAAGGUCCGGCCUUGGGCGAACAAGUGGCUGCUGGUGGCCAUCGCCGUGUCGCUUGGCUUGCAUGGAACGAUCCUCUACACGCCGUGGCUGGCCGAGGUGUUUGGAGUGGUGCCGCUGGAUUGGAACGACUGGCUCUUGGUGCUCGCGUUCUCGUUCCCGGUGAUUCCUCUGGAUGAGGCCUUGAAGCUGGCCGGCCGAGUGUUCUUCCACAAGAAAGUCCAAGAGUAGCGAGUGACAGUUGCCUGGAUGGAAAUCACGUUAAAAACAUCCACUAGAGAGAGCUGGUUCCCGGUGAUCACGGAAGAACCAUUAUCGUUUUAUUGACCGCGAUAUUAUUUUUCUUUGCGGAUCUGACGCUCAACGUCAAGGGGUGGCAGUCACACGCAUCAGUUAAGUUUGAAAAUUUCAGAAGAAUCUAUCAAGAAGAAACAAAAGAAUCCACAGUGAGAAGAAAAAGAGAAGGAAAAGACUGCUUACCUUAGCCGCGUCAAAGUUCCAGAGAGAGAUUGAUGCGUCGAGUAAUGCCAACAGGACUUCGUUUCUAGAAUCCUGCGAAGCUGCCGCGGUAUAAUCAUGUUCCAUAGUGCUGGUUGGUGUUGAAACUUUAAAAGCUCUGACGUAUAAUCGAGACCGUGUCAAUCCAUCUUGGAAUUUA